UGAACGAAGAUCACAGUUUACAUGUGUUUUUCCUUAUCUCUCACUCUGUAUUUGUAGCCUGAACAUGUGUUUUUCAUAGCUUGAAUCUAGUGAGCCAAGAGAACAUUAAAAGUUGUAUAUCCUGGUUGAGUUAAAAGUAUGACGUACUUUUCACAGGCACAGAAACAUCCCACUGUGUGUGGGUGGUGGAGGGGAAGAAAAGAGAGGGAGAAAGGUGGCCUGCUCACCUGGCUUGCUUGAGUGGCUCUUUUGCUCCUGCGCUAUUAUUUGUGGAGGGGUGCUGAGGGCCGCGCUGCAGCAUCACACAGCUCCUCACACAUCUGUGGCAACAUGGUCACAUCAGCGGUGCUGUCAACUGUCACUUUGCCUUCAGUAGUAAUACUAACAUGCCCGAUGUACCUGUGUUCUUUUUGAAAAUUGCAUUCCUAAGGAAGGUGGCAGAUUUUCUAUCAGGUAUCCAUGAAAGUUUGCCACCAGUUAAUGCUGCUAAUCCAUAAGAUCAUUUUUGAGGAUUUGAUGACACCUAUUGUUACAUAAGGUGCGUUUUAAUUAUAUAAAUGGCACAGUACAUGUUUGCGACGUACCAACAUAUUAUUCAAAUGCUUCACAGCAGAAAUUUAUGUACACCUGCUUAGCCUCAAAAUAGUUGUGAUGUACAGUUAAAUGGAUGACAAAAACGUUUAGUGCAUAACAUUUAGUGUUAAAACACAUAGAAUUACAUAUAGCAUAUAACCAUGUUGUUCGGUACACAGGCUGCUUCCAUAGUGCAAACUUCUGGCAGUUGUCCACAAGUGUCACAUCUGGGAUCUGUUAGUGAAUGCUUCAGCCCAGCUUCUCGGAGCCCCUCCUCUGCCACUUAUUGUGUGUGAUCUUUAGGCAGCUAGAGGUCUGUGGUACUUUAUUGGGAUCUUUUUUCUCUUUCUGUCUUUCCCCUUUGGUCUUUUGCUCUUUAUUCUCUAACAUUGUUUUUGCAUUGCAUGUGUUAACUUGGUAGCACUCAGUAAUAUUUUAUCUCAACACUGUCCUAAUCACUACUACAGUUCUCCUCCCAGACUCAUCCCUCCCACGUCCUCUGCCCCUUCCAGCCCCUCCCUCCUCCCCUUCCUGACCCUGUCUGAGAGCGAUAUGCAGCGGGCAGCCUCAGAGCCACAGAAACCACACAUACAUACAAGAAGUCUAAGAAACACAUAAAUUCAGGCCACAGGAAGAUUUGUCUUGGUAAAAGGUUUAUUAUGUAUCCACAUCGUAGUCACUACUAGUUAUCUCUGACACAGUGUCUGAGGUUGCAUUAAGUGGAAAAUAACUGAAAUGGGCAUUUUAGGUAUUAAUGUUAUUUAAUCAUGAAGUGUGUAGCCUUUUGCAUCACAGACAUCCAGUGACGCAGUUGUUUGUCACUGUUACUAAUUACCUAUAAGGUGGGAAGAACAACACAGGGGGAAGGUCAAGCAAACUCCUUUUUAAACUCCCCGCCCACAUUUUUACAACACUGCAACCUCUCUAUUUAGUACCACUCUUAAUCCAGGGAGCAGCAGGGGUGAUGAGUUUAAGGCCAUUGCUGAGGCCCUCCAAAUGUUCCUUUUAAAGUCAGCAAUGGAGUUCAAGUGGAGAAAACAACCAGAAAAUAGCCAAAACCAUUCCUCUGACACCUUAGUUUAAAAUCAAAGGUAAUUGGAAGUGUUAAAGUUGGAGACCCUUUUAAACUUUGGCCUUCAGUGUUUUUAACUUAACUACACUUUGAUAAACUUCCAGUUGAUCAAUUGGGGCUUCAGAAUUAUGAGGUAAGUAUUUUUAAAUUAUUAAACAUUUAUAUGAAUUGGACUCUGCUUCUCUGUCAUUUCCCCCAUCACUUAGUUAAUGAAAUUUUCAAUCCCCCCUCAUUCAGUCUGACACAUGCACACUUUUCAAUCCCACAUUCAGUCUGACACAUGCACACUUCACCUCAUUUACUGGGAAGUGGGAGCCUUCUGUGUUAGUCGUUUAGCUCUUGAUGCACUGAGCCAGUUGUUUCCAUUUAGUCCCACCUGCAGCAUCUGACCAGGAAUGUACAUAGCACCAAACACAAGGGAGCUAUGGGAGUUUAUGAGGAGCAGCAGACAGCAAGCCCUGUCCUCCACCAGCACUUGCCAAAAGACAUUCCUCAUGGACACGAGAGAGGAUGAUGAGUAACUGCAGCAGCCCACUUUUUGCAAGACAGAGCCCUAAAGGGUCUGUCUCUCAGUUUUCUUUUCAGAACAUGCCAAAUGUCAGAUCUGUUGUUGAGAGCAGGUUAUUAGUAUGCAUGUAAUCUUUGCCAGAGCAAUUUCUUUUACCCAGACAGGGACACACGAACACACCCAUACUGUAUACAUUUGGCUGCAUAGUAAUAUGAUUCCUAAACACUCUGAGGUCUCUAGGUGGGGUCCACUGCAUAUCACUUCCCGUACCCACAUCUUUUGCCAUGCACUGUGCCGAUGAUGGCACAAUGCGCACUUUAAAAAACACUCCCUCUUGUAGAUCUCUUUUGUUUGGAUAACAUUUUCUAUUUUUCUUUCUUCUGUAUUAACAGUCAGUUGGUGGAUUUAUUGACAUGCCUACCUUUUCUGUUUGUAUACAGUAUUAUGUUUGUUUAAAAGCAGAGAGAGAUUUUGCAUUUUUAAGAACUUAGAGAAGCUAGCAGAAUUACAGUUGAAAGCGUUUGGCCGGUUUCUUACGUUGUGUCACGUGUGACUGUUUUUUUGACAGCCCAGUAUUUUAAAGCCAGGUUCGUAUGGAAAUGCCUUCACUCCACUUGCACUGCUGUUGGACUCGCCGUCGUUGCUUUCAUCCGUCUGUCUGUCUAUUCUUUUGGUGCACUCAUCUGUUGUUCAACAUGCAGUCUGCGCCUCAUCUCCGCCCUCUAACCUUUGCAGAGCCCAUUUUGAACUAAUCUCUUUAUUAGUGUCAGCACUUGUGACUGGUGCCUCAUCCACUCUGCCCUUCUCGUUUUUAAUAUUUUUUAAUCUCACUGAGAUAAAAAUUGGAAGCUUUGUGAGAGGAAACAUGUUUAAUUUAAGGUAAGGCUUAUGUUCUCUAAGCUUUCAGACUAUAUCAUUGUAUAGCCCUUGGUCAGACCUAUCUGACUUUCGUGAUGAAAAAUAAACAAAUCAUCUAGCUGGGAUUGUUUAGAGGCUGAUCUGGAGUAACUCUCCGGUGGCUAGUUUAUGGUGCAUUUUAUUUUCCUUCUUGCUCAAAGCCUCAUAGAUCAGCUAAUCCCCCAAAUCAAUAUAAACGUUCAUGUGCAGAGUGUUGCACCAUAAUACUGCAGUAAGGGACAGAAGCAUACCCAAUGUCGGCAGGAGGGGAGGUGUUCACUGCAGCAAAUUCUGCAGUGUUUUCCUACACAAUGAAGUCAGGGGACAAGAUGUCCACCAGGGACAUCUCCAUGCAUCUUGUGACAUGUCCAGGAGCUGCCAGGCAGGAACAUCUAAUACAUGGUGAUUGCAUGUUAAUGCAGCCUUUAAUGUCCCAGUUAUGAGUUCAUAAAGGCAGACUGUCCCCAGUUCAGGCCCAGCACAGAUUCCUUUCUUAUCUUAUCCCACAGUGGAAAGGAUCUGACUGUCACACGAGUAAGCACAGCUCAUACAUCCGUGAAAUGGAGGGCAAAAAUAUACCAAACCCCAGCAGAAAGAGGAAGUGAAAUAGUUCAGCCUUUCCCCUGGGAGGCAAACAUCAGCCACAUGUAGUGGAUAUCUUUAUUCUAGUCAUAAUUGUAGUAGCAUUUCACACUAAACGGACAGAAUUUUUUUAUUCCAGAAAUAUUAAAUGGGGCAAAGGAAGGCAACAGUUUGAUCUGAAACAAUGGUUGCAAAAAUGCCAAAUGUACCCCAAAUAAAACCUUGUGGGGCGGAGAUGCAGUGUCUGCUGUGUGUGUGACUACCACCCCCCUUCACAUGCACUAACCCAUUCACGCCCAGCUCACCUCCACCACCCCAAAAACUCACCUCCACCAUGGCUCAGCCUGCUCUGUUCUGCCCCCUCUGUCCCGACCUCCUCUUUUGUCUAAGAGAACUAAUUGAGCCCUGUUGAGCCAUCACCUUCCUCUCUGUGCCUGAUUCACCCGAGACUAACACAGUUGGAGUUUUGUUAACCCGCCCUCCACCCACAGCCCGCCCCACCCCUCUGUAUGUGUACCAUUCACAGUGCGCUACUAACACCGACGAUCCUUUUUGUUAAAAAACUCUUUAACAAAAAGCUGCAUGCUGUUUUGUUCCAACCCCUUCACUUUCUGUUUGUGAAAGUUGAUGUCAAUCUCUUUGUGAUUAUAAAUAUCCUUUUUGUUUGGUUUGUAUGUUUUUUUUUUUUAUUUUUUGGUAGAAUGCAGCACUCUGGUGAAUGUUAGACAAGCCUGGAAUAGUUAUAAUCACAACAGAAAAAACACUGCUUAUUAAGAAAUCUCAUUGUUUCCUGUUUAUUUGUGCUUGAGGAUGUACUGUAGUGUGUAGUGGUGGGACGGUCUUGCAUUUCACUUAAUGUUUUUGUUUUCUUGCUGACCCAUACUAGUGAUAUAACAGUCUCAGACGUGCACAUUUGGCCUCAGAGGGUGCUAGGAAUUCCUGUUGUGUAUGUUCUUGUAUUCCUCUAUUGCCUCUUUGAUUUUUUAUCAUUUGCCUGAUCUUGUUCACAUGUAUACUGUUGUAUACUUUUGGCGUAGUAGGGCUGGGUAUUGUUAAAAAAAAUAGGAUAACAGCACAGAUACCAGUACUCUCUAAAUGAUACCAAUAGAAUAUUUUUUACUCAAUAACCAUAAAGUGGAGUGGAAAAAAGCUAUACUUUUAAAUGUUUUGGUGGCAUUUUGGCAUGCUUAUACAACAGCUCUGACAAAUAUAUUGUGUUGAUUUCAUCACACCAUAGACUGUAGGGGUUGUAGCUGCAACAACUGACAGGUCUGACUGUAAGCAUCACAUGGUUAAAGUUACCUAACAGUUAUUAACAGCUUUGACGAAAUUGUUGAGCCAUUUCGGUGUUAGUGUGGGAUUGUUAAAACAGCUUUUAGAUGGAGGUUAGCUGCUGCUGCUGUUUUUGCUUGUGCUUAUUAACCAGGCAGACAUUGAACUAACUGUUUGCCAUCUAGAGUGCAGCGCAGGAGAUGGCAGCAACAGAAGGUUUGCUGAUCUGGCGGGAAGUUGGGGAGGUCUGGGAUUAGACCCCUGGCACAAAAAUGGAUCAAAUAUAGGUAUCGUUUGACUGGAUUUGUUUUGAUAGUAGGUAAUUGGUUGUUUUUGUCAAUACCUUAAAAGUUUCGAGUAACACUAUCCAGCCCUAUGUCAUAGCAAUCAUUAGUAUUAAAAACAAAAAAAAUAAUACUUAAAUGUGUACCACUGCAGUUAUUUUAUCUUGUGUUAGCUAAAAACUACCUUGCAGUGUGAUAAAGGUCAUGUUGUCUGUAAAGUGUGUUUUCAAAUUUAUGAAUACUAAUGAUAUCUAUGAGACUGGCCAAAUUGGAGGUAUGCUAAUAGCCCAAAUUUGUGUAUGACAGUUGUUUAAAAUCAAAAGUGUGCACAUGGUUGGGACCAGAACACUGAUAACAGACCAGAGAUGCUAGAGGUGUCCAAAAGCAUGCACAAUAGCUGUUUCUAGUGUAUCUAAUGGGGCUACAUGCACACAAUGUCUUCCUCUCUUCACCUACACACCCACAUAUCCCCUCACACGUGCAUAUUCUGUCCACCCUGGGCCUUGUAAUGGUAAUCCAAGGCCCACUAGCUCCACUUCUGUCUCUUCCUCUUGCUGUAUUUUAUUGUGACAGCUGCUUAUGUUUCAUGGUGCUCCCCCUUGUCAUGGUUACGGAAUCACAGCAAGCUUGGAGUUUCUGGUCUUCGUUUUGUUAAUGCAAGAUUUCCAUACCUGUUCUGUGUCACUUUUCUUUGUGUACUAAGAUCUUGCUCUGUAGUGGUUCAUAUAUGUAUGCGUGUGUGAUACAUAUAUUGCCCCCUCCUUCCUCCCACUCCUCUUUAACUUCUCAGUUAGUGGAUGUGACUUGAUGUGUUAUCUUUAUCAUCCAAAAAACUAUAGAAAUGCUCAUGCCCAAUUGCUUUACCUAAAAAAAGACUGCACACCUAUUGUAGGAGGGUAUCCUGUAGUUUACAGGCUACACAUAGCCUCAUCAUCAUAGUGGAAAAUCUACCCUUCCUCUCAGUCUCCCACCCUCUAUCUCCCCACCCCACUCCCAACCACCCUUACCACUCCUUGUGCUGGAAGACACUGAUAUUACAUGCUGUAGGUGAUGUGGAUGACGAUAAUGAUGAUGGUGAUGGUGGUGGUGGUUGUGCUGAUGAUGAUAGCGUGAUCUGAGUGAUUUAUUUUGUUUUGUUUGUUUGUUUUUUGACCAGUACCCAACGGGGAAAAGCUUCUCUUAUUAUUGGAAUAUUUUUGGUUUUUUUCUCCUCUGUUCUUUCUGCUAGGAUAACAUCGGGCACCGACUGCUUCAGAAACAUGGCUGGAAGUUGGGGCAAGGUCUUGGCAAAACCAUGCAGGCGAUUUGAUCCUGCCCAUGUUGUGCUGAUGGUAAACUUAGUGGACGCACCGACCCUGUGCCCAUCAUCCUCAAAUAUGAUGUCAUGGGAAUGGGACGGAUGGAGAUGGAGCUGGACUAUGCAGAGGACGCCACAGAGAAGAGGAGAGUGCUCGAAGUGGAGAAAGAGGACACAGAAGAGCUGCGGCAAAAAUACAAGGACCAGAUGGAAAAGGAGAAAGCCAUUGCAAAGGCUCUGGAAGACCUGAGAGCCAAUUUCUACUGUGAGCUAUGUGACAAGCAGUACACCAAACACCAGGAGUUUGACAACCACAUUAACUCUUACGACCACGCUCACAAGCAGAGGCUUAAAGAGCUGAAGCAGAGAGAAUUUGCUCGUAACGUGUCAUCCCGUUCCCGGAAAGAUGGAAAGAAGCAAGAAAAGAUGCUGCGCCGACUGCAUGAGCUGGCUGAGCAGAGGAAACAGCAGGACCGUACACCAGGAAGUGGGCCCAUGUUCAAAACUACCACAGUGGCUGUGGACGGAGAGAAAUCAGAAGAUGGCGACAUGACGCCUGAGAACACCACUUCGACAGACUGUGUCCUGGAAGGAUCACUGGCAGAUAAAACUGGGGAAGUCUCUCCUAAGCCAGGCCCAACUAUCAGCUUCUCUCUGGGGAAGAACAGCUCCUCGUCUCCAACCCCUAGCGGUGCAUCCAAAGUCAGCGUGUCCUUCUCUUUCGCCAAGAAAGCCCCAGUAAAACUGGAAACAGCAGCCGCAGUGUUUGCUGAUCAUGGAGAGGAGGCAAUGGAGGAAGAGGAGGGCCAGGAGGGAGAAAAGGCUGGAGGGCAAGAGGAAACAUCUGGCUGCAGCUCAGACAGCCCUAAGGGAGGAUCAGGAGGAGGUGAGGGAGGAGAGUGUGCUAGUGUGGCAGCAACAGAAGAGGUGCAGCAACCUGAUGAUGGCACUUCUCUGGCUUCCACUCUCAACAAACUGAAGAUGAUGAUGAAAAAAGAAGAAGGAUAUGCUGGGCAGGAGCCACAGUACUAUCACUACAUACCUCCAGCUCACUGUCGGGUAAAGCCUCACUUCCAGUUUUUGCUGUUUAUGAAGGCCACGGAUCAGUGUACGAGCAAAGAGGAGGAAGACGAGGAAGAGGGGCAGGAGAAGGUACAAGAGAAGGUACAAGAGAAGGUUGAAGAUAGUUGUGAACAGAUGAAGACCGAUGUUACAGAGUGCAAUACUGAAAAAGAACAAGAAAAUGUCAACUCAUCCCCUGACCCAGAGCCAGCUCCUCCAUCGCCUAAAGCAAACACAGAGGAAGUCUCUUCAUGCACAGCAGAUGCAGCUCCCGCGGUACCCUCUUCCCCUACACAGAAAGCAGAGAGCACACCGGAAACUCUGGAUUCCAGUGCUGGUCCUAAAAUCCCCACAGGUCCCUUCUUCCCAGUUCUGAGCAAAGACGAGAGCACGACCCUGCAGUGGCCCUCUGAGCUCCUCGAAUUCACAAAAGCUCAGCCUUCCCUGUCUUACAGCUGUAAUCCCCUUUACUUUGACUUCAAGCUGUCCCGCAACAAAGGAGCGCGUGGUGGGAAAGCAGCAAAGUCCCCUAAGCCAUUUGAGGAGUCUGAUGACAAAGGGCAAGAGAUGGCUGCCUCAACAGCUGAAGUAGAUGCAACUACUAAACCUGGGACCAGCACUGACAAAGAAAAGGCAGUGGUGAAGGGAGAGCCUGGCCAAUCAGAAGGUGAUGAGCAAAAGCUUGCAACUGGCAGUAGUAGUGGCAAGAAGAAAAAGAAAAAGAAGAAGCAUAAGAAGUCUUCAAAGCACUCAAAACGCAAAGGAAAAGACAAGGGAGCAAAAGAAAAUGCGGAGGGCGAGACCGAGGUUACGCAAGAGAAACCCAAAAAGAAGAAAAAACACAAACGGAAGAAGAGCAAAAACAAAGCUCCAGAUCAGGAUGAGGCAGCAGGAGAUGAAAAGGAAAAAGCAAAACCAAAGUCUGAGGAUAAAGCCGUUGCUUCCUCUGGUCAGCCGACAACUGGAGGAGGAGGGGCUACGGGAAAUGUAGGAGUGGAAUCGGGGAAGAGGAAACGCACUAAUAAGGAAGUGCCUUGCAAGUCUGGAGCAGAGGAGGGAGGAGCCGGAAAAGGCACUGACAAGGUCAACUCCUCAGAGGAGCACAGUGGCACCAAGCGACAAAAGACUGACUCCAGUGCAUCUCAGAGUGCCUCCUGCUCCACCUCAGCCCAAAAGAGUCCAGGUCCCGGUCGACCUCCCAGUAGCGAGAGCGAAGAAGAAGGGGGCUCUAAUACUCAGCGCUCACGUCAUCACAGGUCAAGUCCACGGGAACAACGCCGCCACCAUAGCGAGGAAUCAGGGCGGUCCUGCAGCCGCUCCUCGAGACGAGGGGAAAGACGGGGCAGCAGCCGUCGGCGCCAUCGGGGCCAAACCUCCCGUAGUCACUCAUACUCCAGCAGCUCCGAGCGCUCGUCAGCCGGCAGCAGUGCCUACAGCCACCGCAGUCGCAGCUACUCAGACAGCUACAGCGACUACAGCACAGGGGGUCGCAGGCGGAGGCACUCCAAACGUUCGUCAGACUCUGAGUAUGAGCGGAGGGGAAGCCGAGGACGUAGACGAUCCAGGAGACAUCAGUACUCCUCCUCUUCCUCAGAAGACUCACGCUCUCGCUCACGCAGCUACAGCCGCAGGAAGAGGCACCGGAGGCACCAUCGGAGCAGCUCAAGAAGCUCCAGUAGCUGGAGUCGCAGCACCAGCGCGAGAUCCUGGAGGCGCAGCUACAGCCGAAGCCACAGCUCCGCCAGCCGCUCCUCCAGUUCCACCAAAGGCUCUCCUCGCCGACGAGGCCCCAGAGCUAGAGGGGACAGCGAAGCACACCGUAGAGACUUCAACCGCUCUUGUAUCUACCGCUCCCAGUCUCCACGUUCAUCUUCAUCACGAGGCCUUAACCGCAACACCCAUUCAUCCAGCUCGCAGUCUCUGAGGCCAGGUGGGUCCCGAGAUGCAGGGGAACAGAAAAACACCCUCACUGCACGUCAGCUGCUGGAGAAAGUUCAGUCUAAAAAAAGCUCUGAUGAUUCUGCCACAGGAACAAAAUCUGGGAUUAAGAUUAAGGAUCCACCACAGGGAUACUUUGGACCCAAACUCCCCCCGACUCUGGGAAACAAAGCCAUGCUGCCGCUUUUUGGUAAACUGCAGGCAGGGAAGAAACCACUGAUUCCCCUAACUCGACCUGAUGAGGGUGAGAAAUCCGGAGCAGGGAAGUGCUCUGAGGCUGAGGCAGAGGAUAUUCUGGUGGAGCCUAUAAGGGAGUUCCCCCCUCCACCACCACCUCCAGCUCCACCGGUCCAGAGGGUCGAGGAGGCCCCGCAGAUCGCAGUGGUGCAAGAGGAGACGCAGCACCCCACUGCAGAAGCCCAGGUGCACCAAGAACCUCGGCCGCUGUUCGAACAGGAGCCUUCCAUGAUGAUGCCGCAGUACCAAGGAGAACCAGGACAGGACCCUUCUCAGAUCCCCAUGAUGGAGUCCCUCAUGCCUGAAAUACAGCAGCAGCCUCCAAUGCAUGCAUACCCUGGUUACCCACCACCAAAUCUGGAGGAGGAUGGCAUGGAGGCCGAGGAGGACGGGCUGGCUCCCUUAGAGAGUCAGCCCAUCACGUUCACACCAGAAGAGAUGGAGAAAUACAGCAAGCUUCAACAGGCCGCACAGCAGCACAUCCAGCAGCAGCUUUUAGCCAAGCAGGUCAAGACAUUUCCCUCUGCUGCAGCAGCAGCAGCCGCUGCUGCAGCAGCUGCCAACCUGGCCCCAGCUCCCCCUCCCCCGGCCCUGCAGCAGAUCCACAUCCAGCAGCCCGCUGUGUCUGUAGCCUCCGCCACAUCGAUCACCACAGUGCAGCAUGCCAUUCUGCAGCACCAUGCUGCCACCGCUGCAGCCAUGGGCAUCCACCCAGCACAUGCCCACCACCCACACCCUGCACAUGCCCAGCUGGCCCAGGUGCACCACAUUCCCCAGCACCACCUGACCCCCAUCUCCCUGUCUCCUUUGGGCCACUCCCUCGGCCAUUCUCUGGGACACUCACUCGGACACGCGGGGCUGAUUCCAGCUCACCCUACAGCCUUCCUCUCUGGUCAGCCGAUACACAUCAUCCCAGCUUCUGCACUCCACCACACCCCCUUAGCUCUGCACCAUGUACCACAUACAGCCCUCUACCCCACACUGUUCACACCCCGGCCCUCACAGGCUGCUGCAGCGGCGGCUCUCCAGCUCCACCCACUGCUACACCCAAUCUUCUCAGGACAGGACCUUCAGCACCCACCUAACCAUGGCUCUUGAGUAAUGAUACUUGUGAAGGAGUAAAGUCACAGCACCCAACCACUGGAAGAAAGACUCAAACUAAACUGACUUUGUUCAGGGUUUAAGAUGAAGUCUUUGCAGCAACAUGCGGGCAGCAAGACAGGAAGCUGUCAGUAAACCACCAUUUUACCGGCCAACACAGAGCAGAAGUUUAGCCACAAAGUGGUGCUGCCUGUGUUGGGUUCUAAAUGGACACUUACAUUUUUUUUCUGGCUCAUGUGAGACUUUUUUGCUUAUGUUUUGCCCUGAAUUUCUAAAACAGGGUGUAGAUUUAAAGAGACUUCCUCGAGACACUGGUAUAUAUUCCAGCUUGAGGUAUAUUAACACCACCCAUUUUUUUCUGAAUGACCAGUCAGAGAAACCACUGGAGGUUUUUUUGUUUGUUUUCCACAUAAAAAAUAUUAUUCUCACAGUUUUUGACAGCCAAGGAGACAUAAUGGCUGAAGCUAUAAGCUGAAUCAUGUUAAAAGGAGUAUGUGGGAGGCAAAUGGCGUUGACUCUGUAAUGUAACCUUCAGAGACGGACUACUACAUAUUUACAGAUAUUGUUUAUGUUCUCAUAUGACUACUUGCUCUCUAUUGGAUCCUCAAAUAAUUUGUAAUGCAGUAACUUGUACAUAUAUAUAUCAGUGUGUAAUGUGAAGAAUCCCACCAAUGAUGACCAUAUGAAAUUACAACUAUGGUGUCCAAAUCGGUAUGACAUUGUCACAUUAAGAACCCCCCUCUGUAGGCGAGGGGGAAUGUGAUGUAGGGGUUGUUACAUCCCUGAUGCUCUGAGGCUAAUGUUCCCUGUGGUGAGGGUGCACCUGAAGAAAUUGCACUGAAAAUCUGUACAUCGCGAUGGUGCGUUCGCAUCAUGUAACAAUAAGAUUGUAGUAUACUGCAAUAAUUGUAUUUUUCUGUUUUUAAAUUAUUUUCCAAAAUGCUCUUCAAAAGAAGGGCUGUGUUUUGCUUUUGUGUAAUUUUGUAAAUAAAACUGCUGUAGAUUAACCUAGUAACAUUUUUGAUGUUUGGUAUUGGAGGAGGGGGGGCAGAAUGACGACAUGGAUCAAAGAUGGUCACAUGUAUGUAUUUUAUCAAGUUUGUUUCUAAAUGAGCCCAGUUAAGAUGGGCUGGAAUGGCAAAGCAUAGUGAUCUUUCAAACAGUAGCAACUCUGUAUUUUCUAAAAACAUACUGUUUCAGCAAAUAAAAAUCUUGACUUAA